AUGGCAGUCUCAUUCGAGACCUGGGCUCUCCCACGCUUGCAGCAGCUGUUACCGCUGGAUGAGGAGAGCUUGAAGCAAAUUGUUCAGUACACGGACACACUUCCCAAAGAGAGUGCAGCGGAGCAUCUGAAGAAUCUGCUGGGAGACAAUGCGAAGGCAUUAGAGUUCAUCUCGAGCUUCAAUCAAAGACGGCAGAAUGCGCCUGCGACCACCAUACCUCCGGCACAGACAAGCAACCAUGACAGACGGAGUAGCACACUACCAACGACGAGCUCGCAGACGAACCGUGGCAGGAAGAAGGCGAACAUACAUGGUUUACCGGCACGACAGGUUGAGAGUUUGGGCAGCGUGGGCGGAGCCUAUGUCAAGCGAGACGAAGAAGACUACAUGCUAACGAGCGCGAGACACAAGAUGGCGCACAAGGAGCAAGUAGCGGACAAUCUCGCGUUGCAUGACCGGGCGCCAGACGCGACGAAGCUGCCGCUCAUCACAGACGACGCUUCAGCUACACGGUACCCGAUCACGUCGAAAGCUCCGCCUUCAGCCGCCGGACCGUUAAUCUCGGACUCAUUGUCUCCCAAGAAGCCGGCUUCGACUAACACGUCCCGCACGACUUCUCCGGCACCGAAGGCCAAAGUCAACAUCUCUGGCGGCACAGCGAUGCAUGGUGCCUCCACCACACUCUCCGAUCUUGACAGCGCAAUCAAAAGCCUCGAGAUACAGACUAACCCGUCAAUGUCGCUAAGUGAAGCCGACAAUGACAAGCGCAAGUGCAAUUGCAUGGCUACUCGCCACCCGCUACUCGAUAUCGCACCCAACUGUCUCAACUGUGGUAAGAUCAUCUGCGUUAAGCAAGGUUUGGCUCCAUGUACCUUCUGCGGCUCGCCACUGCUCAGCCCAGACGACAUCAACAAAGUGCUCCGCGUACUGAAGGAUGAGCGAGGAGAGGAGAGGCAGAAGUUCAACAACGCCGCGCACAAGAAAGCUGACGUCGCUUUUGGCAAAGCUCGUGCCUACACCGGCCGUGACUUCCUCGCUCAAGCUUCGAACUCUGCUCGCUCGUCGCCACUGUCGUCAGCUCCAGCCACUCCGGUCGAGUCGGAGGACGAAGCAUCGCAGAAAGCUAAGGCUCAUCGCGACAAGCUCCUCAACUUCCAAGCCAACAACGCUCGUCGGACGCAGAUCCACGACGAGGCUGCCGACUAUGAUAUCCCGACCGCCGGCACGAACAUGUGGGCUUCCCCAGCCGAGCGCGCACAACAGCUCAAGCGCCAGCAAAAAGUCUUGCGGGAGAUGGAAUGGAAUGCGAGGCCGGAGUACGAGAAGCGGAGGGUAGUCGCUUCCAUCGAUCUCAAAGGCGGCAAGGUUGUGCGUCGUAUGGCCGAAGUUGAGAAGCCUGAUUUCUCCCCCGAUGACGAGGCUGAGGUCGACGCGGGUGACUACAAAGCGCCAGGGCCGGAAGGUAAUGCCAAGGGCGCGUUCAGCAACAACCCUUUGGCAAAGGGUAUGAUCAGGCCGAAGGCGCGAGAGGAGAAAGGGAAGGAGGCGGUGAGGGAGAAGUCGACCAUGUGGCGGAGAGUGCAGAUGGAUGAGGAUGACAAUGAGGGGUGGAUCCUCGAUGGUGGUGUUUACGGUGGAAGAAUACCGGAAGAUAGAGUGCUUGGUGAGGAGGAACAUGCGUUUGGCUGA